AUGAAUCUCUCUCUAAUUGAUCCCUUUGUCCUGGCCCAGGAGUACCCAGACACAUUAUCAGAAAAACUGAGGAGCGGUCAUGCGACAUGCCUUCGCUUCAGUCGCAAGGGAGAUUAUCUAGCCUCCGGACGGGUGGACGGUACGGUAGUGAUAUUUGACGUUGAGACAAAUGGGGUUGCCCGCAAGUUAGAGGGCCAUAUUCGGCAAAUCCAGUCAUUGAGUUGGUCUAGGGACGGUCGCUAUCUCCUUAGCUCCUCUCAAGACUGGAAAUGCAUCCUGUGGGACUUGAAAGAUGGUUCCCGGGUGCGUACAGUCCGAUUCGAAGCGCCUGUAUAUAUCGCAGAACUACAUCCCUAUAACCACCUGUUAUUCGUAGCCUCCCUUUUUGAAGAUCAACCGGUCCUCGUCGACAUAUCCUCCCCGAAACCUAUCAAACGCAUCAUCCCCUCUGCUCCGUUCCGUGCAACCCCCCCCAAAAACGAAGAAGUCGAUCCCGCGGUUGCGGCAAAGCAAGCGGCCCAGGAUGCGAAACACUCGACAUGCGUUACGGUCUUCACGGCGCUGGGGAACCAUAUCAUCGCAGGGACAUCCAAAGGUUGGAUAAACAUUAUAGAAACGCAGACGUGCACCACCAUACACUCGACUCGGCUCUGUAACGGCGUGGUGAUUCUCCUCCGUCUUGCAAGCAACGGCCGUGAUCUGCUCGUCAACAGCUCCGAUCGCGUUAUUCGCACGAUCCUCAUGCCCGACCUCUCCCAGCUGGGGAUCGACCUCGAGCCCGCGAACAUCAAACUCCAAGUAGAACACAAGUUCCAAGACGUCGUCAACCGACUAAGCUGGAACCACGUCGCGUUCUCCUCGACCAGCGAAUUCGUCACCGCAUCGACAUUCAUGAACCCCGACAUCUACGUCUGGGAACGCAGCCACGGCUCGCUCGUCAAAAUCCUCGAAGGCCCCCGGGAAGAGCUCGGCGUCGUAGAAUGGCACCCCAGCCGCCCUCUCGUCGUCGCCUGCGGCCUCGAAUCCGGAUGCAUCUACACGUGGUCCAUCGUCACGCCGCAGAAAUGGUCCGCGCUCGCCCCGGACUUUGGCGAAGUCGAAGAAAACGUCGAGUACAUGGAACGCGAAGACGAAUUCGACAUCCACCCGGCCGAAGAAAUCCACCAGCGCCGCCUAGACCAGGAAGACGAGGAACCCGACGUCCUCACCAUCGACCCGCAGAAGAGCGGCGGCAGCCUCGACGACGACUCCGAGUCCUUCCGCAUGCCGGUUCUGCUCGAUAUCUCCGACAGCGAAAGCGAGGAGGACAUCGUUGCCGUUGGCCCAGGCACAAUGCGACGUCGAAGUCCCGGCGCCAGCCGUGCCAACGCAGGAGACCCCGAGAAGGAUACUACGAGCAGCACAGCUGGCGGGAGAAACGGUACCACGCGAGGCCCGAAGAAAAACCGCCGACGAUAA